AUGGAUCCUACGGGCCCGACGUCUUUUCGCCUGGCGAACCUCGCCCAGAAUGCCUACGACUACCCGAUGAGGGUCUUCCAGACCCCGGGGCAGGGUCAUCCGUCGCUCCCCCACCUCUGUCUCCUCGUCUUCGAGGCCGUCCUCGAGGUCGUCUGCGUCAGUCUGCCGGGCUACAUCAUCGCUCGCCUGGGCCAUUUCGAUGCCGACAAGCAAAAGUUCCUGGCCAACCUUAAUGUCAUGCUCUUCACCCCAUGCCUUAUCUUCACCAAGCUGGCAUCCCAGCUCAACGCCGAUAAGCUUUCCGAUCUUGCCAUUAUACCCGCCAUCUUCGUCGUCCAGACCCUGGUCUCGUGGGUCGUAUCCACGUUGGUCGCCAAGGCCUUCCAAUUCAACAGACGUGCCUCCAACUUCGUUACCGCCAUGGGCGUCUUUGGCAACUCCAACUCGUUGCCAAUCUCCCUCGUUUUGUCCCUCUCGCAGACCAUCAAGGGGCUCCACUGGGACAGGAUCCCGGGUGACAACGACGACGAGGUCGGUGCUCGAGGCAUUUUGUACCUCCUCAUUUUCCAGCAGCUUGGCCAGCUUGUUCGCUGGAGUUGGGGAUACCAUGUACUGCUGGCCUCCAAGGACAAGUACCCCGAAUACCGAGAACAGCUCGCAGAGGAGGGCCAAUCUCGGCAUCAGGAGGAUCACAAUGACCAGGAAACACAAGGCCUUAUCGACGGCCUCGAUGGAGAGACCGAAGACGAGGUCGAUAGUCAUAGUGUUGACUCGCGCACAUACGUGCCCGGGGGACCGACCCCGGUCGCUGGGACCUCGAGAACUUCCACGACCGACUCGAGCGACGACGAUGAGUUCUUUCCCAAGAAGUCGUCUUCUCAGAAAACCGUGUCCCAGGCCAAUCAGCCUCCCCUCAACGGCAAUAGGCUCGACACUGGCGUUUUCCCUCGAGUUGGUGGGAACGGCGGUGGGCCGCAUGAUGCCGAGGCAAACGGCAAUUGGGCUCGGUUCAGACUGUCUGUCACCAACAAGGUUCACUCCUGGCAGGCCCAAGCCGGUCGCUCUGUCAGUCGCCGCUACCAAGGCCUGCCUCGCCCCCUUCAGUUGACCCUGUCGUUCCUGGCAACGGCCAUCAAAAAGACGCACAACUUCAUUUGGGAGUUCAUGAACCCGCCGCUGUGGGCGAUGCUGAUUGCCGUCACGGUUGCAUCCAUCCCCGCACUGCAGCGCCGCUUUUUCGAAGAGGGCUCCUUUGUCAACAACAGUGUCACCAACGCCGUCAAAUCGAGCGGAGGAGUCGCGGUUCCCUUGAUCCUGGUUGUCCUGGGAGCCAACCUGGCGCGGAACACGAUGGCCCGCGAUGACGACCACGACCCCGAAGAAGAACAAAUCGGAACAAAGCUUCUCAUCGCGUCGCUGCUGAGUCGCAUGGUCUUGCCGACUGUCAUCAUGGCACCCAUCUUGGCUCUCACGGCAAAGUAUCUGCCGGUCAGCAUCCUCGACGACCCAAUUUUCAUAAUUGUCUGCUUCCUCCUCACUGGCGCCCCGAGCGCCCUGCAACUGGCCCAGAUUUGCCAGAUCAACGCCGUGUACGAAAAGACGAUGGGCCGCAUACUGUUCCAGAGCUAUGUGAUAUGGAUCCUUCCAUCCACGCUGGUGCUGGUCAUGAUGGCUCUCGAAGUUGUGGAGUGGGCAGCGGCGUCAUAA